AGGAGAGGGUCGGUCUCUGAAUGCAGAGGAGACUGGAGGGGUGCAUUCGGGAUGGCGAGACUGCCACUUACGACGAUCUCCGUUUGCUUGUUAAUGGCAGUAGUUGAGCCCCAGUCGUUCACGAUCCAGGCCGAACACAGUCGGAUUAAUGCGAGUGUCGGAGAAACGGCGUACUUUUCAGUGAAACCAUCACGUCCUAUGCAGAAUGGGGAAUGGGAUUUCAACGGCAAAAGAAUUGGGCGGUGGAUCGGUUCAUCUGUUUCUAUACAGAAUGAAUACAAGUCGCGUGCUGAGAUAUUAUUGCCCAAUGGAUCACUCCUACUGAAAUCACUGAAGUCCUCAGACAGUGGGAAGUACACUGUUACCAUGGUCCCUGCAGUGGGUGGUCCAGCAUCAGCGACCCUCACCCUGCAUGUAAUUGAGUUGCAGAUCCAGACCGAACACAGUUGGAUUAAUGUGAGUAUUGGAGAAACCGCACUUUUUUCAGUGAACCCAUCACUUACUGUGAAGACUGGAAACUGGGAUUUCAAUGGGAAAAAUAUCGGGUUGUGGAUCGGUUCAUCUGUUUCUCUAAGUGAGCAAUAUGAAUCGCGUGCUGAGAUUUUAUUGCCAAAUGGAUCACUCCUGCUGAAAUCACUGACGUCCUCAGACAGUGGGAAGUAUACUGUUAACAUGGUCUCUGAAGUGGGCGGCCCAGCAUCAGCGACCCUCACCCUGCAUGUAUUCGUGCCGCUGAUCCAGACCGAACAUAGGUGGAUUAAUAUGAGUGUCGGAGAAACUGCAUUGUUUUCAGUGAAACCAUCAGCUGCCGUGAAGAAUGGGCAAUGGAAUUUCAAUGGGAUGAAUAUUGCGCUGUGGAUCAAUACAUCUGUUUUUCUAAGUAGUGAAUAUCAAUCACGUGCUGAGAUUUUACUGCCAAACGGAUCACUUCUGCUGAAGUCAGUGACCAUUUUAGACAGUGGGGAGUACACUGUUAUCAUGGUCCCUGAAGUGGGCAACCAAGCAUCGGCGACCCUCAACCUGCAUGUACUUGAUCAGUUAAAUUCCGGGAAUAAUAUCAGUGAUGGUGCCAUAGCAGGCAUAGUGAUUGCUGCUCUUCUUUGUCUGGGUUUUAUCAUUGCAAUCAGUGCAUGGUUAAUCAAAAGGAAAUCAGAAGGAAUGAAAUCUCCAAAACAAGGGCAAAAUACUAGCUCUGUGGAAAAUGACCACUCUGCAGCACCCAGUGAGAUCUAUGAAAAUAUUCCAAAUAAGAAAAGGUUGGUACAAUUAUUAUAA